GUGCGCCGCUUCGCGCCUCUUUAAAUUCCCGUCGCGUAUCCGGGAGAGUAACACUUCAGGCGAGCUCUCACCUUUCUCUUCCUUCCAGCCUACCAGCCCACCCUCCAAUAGCGACACAGCGAUGACGACUUCGACGUCGUCGAAUCAGCUGGAUCCUACUGUGACCUCACUGCUGUCUUCACAUCUGCUCAACAAGGGCCUCUUCCUCACAUAUCGCCUCCUGUCGCGAGAGCUCUCACUUCACGUCCAAGAGGCCAGGUCCGCUCUUGAAGCCUUCUAUGAGCAGCAAGGCAGUGAGCGGCUGAAAGCAUGCUGGGUUGUACAAGGGACACUCAAGCCAGUGAGGGACGGACUGGUCACGGACGCGGAGGAUGAGGUGAAAGAAGAGGCAAUCCUCCUUGUGGGCGAAGAGAAGCUAGAGGAGACGAAAGCUCUCUUCUCGCCAGCUCCGUCUGUGCAGAUCUACUCCCUCAGCCCAGCCUCCUCCUCCUCUUCGUCCCUCACCUCGAUGGACCUGGCCAACUUCUCAACUGUGCCGCUCCACCUCUCCUCGGAAGCGAAGUAUACCCAAGCCUGGGAGCAGGCCGAUAGAGGCAAGAAGCUCGGCGUCAUAUUCAAUGAGAGAGUCUCAGAAGGAGACCCACGUGCCGUUGCUGCUGCUAGAGAGCAGGCUCAACAGCAAGCAAAGGCUCAAGCUCAGGCGAAUGCUCAGCCGGGUGCAGCCAAGCCGGUCAAGGCGGAGAAGAAGACGGCAGACAGCAGUGCAUCGACCUCUCAGGCCAGCAAAGGAACCGGUCUGAACUGGAACAAAGCAAAGGCGAAACCUACCCCGGAUCCUCCUGCCGCAACGGCUUCAUCGUCGAAGGCCAAAGCCUCGAAGAAAUCAGACCCGCCCCCGAAGGCUGCUGAUGACGAGGACGAGCAAUAUGACUCCGACGUUGAGAUGGCUCAGAUUGGCUACGCCGAUUCAGAAGGAGAGGUGGACGAAGUGCCUGCUGGUAGGGCCAAGACCAAGAGAGCAGACGGUUUACCUGCUCCGAAGUCUACUGCGGGCGACAAAGGUACUGGAAAGAAGGCUGACGGCAAGGGUCCACAGCGCAAGGGGUCUAGCAAGGCUGAGCUGGAGAAGAUGAUGGACAUGGAUGACGAUGAUGCUCCUGGCGAGGCCAUACCGGAUGUCGAGGCUGCAGACUCGGCUGCGACCUCGCUGAUGAAAGGUACAGAAGACGAUGGGGAAGAGGCGAGCAAGGCAGCACCGGUGAGGCGGAAAGUGCGGAGGCAGAAGAGAACGGUACGCAAGCAGCGGUCGAAAGACGAGAAGGGUUAUAUGCGGACGCAAGAGGUCAGUGAUUAUGAGUCGUACUCGGACUGGACAGAAUCAGAGGAAACAGCGCCAGCGAAGAAGCAAGGGGCAAAGUCAUCUAGCACUGGCGGCACGAAGAGCAAAGCUGCUCGCACAGAUUCGGCGUCUUCAGCAGGGACAGCCAGUAGGGUACAGAAGAGCGAGGCAUCAACUUCUGCUUCCGCCGAUGGGUCGCAGAAGGCCGCUGCUGCAUCUGCAUCUCCGGAAAAAGAAGAUGCGACAUCAGCUCGACCUUCCAAGAGUCCUUCGCCGUCCAAACAGGCCUCUACUGGUGGUCAGAAGAGCGGCACUGGCAGUGGAGGCGCAAGUGCAGGUGGAGGUGGUACGGGCAGCAAGGCCAAGGGCGGUCAGAGCAAGCUCAGCAGCUUCUUCAAGAAGGGCUGAGCGUGCGAGUGAUUAGGCCGCUGAGCUAGUCUUUGUACGAAAUGUAGUGAUCCUGUCACACGACCAUGAUCCUUCUCUCCCUCAUGUCCAAAUCGCGGGUGGUGUCGCCUCUGGUUGCUUACUCAGCCGAAGGCCGAACUCGGAAGCAGGGCGGGCGUAGGCGCGAGGCGGGGGGCGGACUGACGAGGCGAGGCAGUGACCGCGCAGUGACGGAAGA